CGUCCAUGCUAUGUCGGAAAAGAAAGUGUCGGAGCUUUACCGGUGAGCAGAUAUUUUGCAAGCUGCCACUCACACACACACCAUCAGACCCCACCAGACACCAGGAAGACAAGGACAGAGGGAGCGGUGGGAAAGGCAGAGUCCAAAAAAACCCAGAGAACCCGACAGUCAUCUGAAAAACACUGAAAGAGGACCAAUGAUGAAGCUUACAAGGCUGCUCACUGCCUGCAUUCUCGCUGAGUUGUCACUUUCACUCCAAGCGUUGGUGAUGGUCAACAACGUUACAGCCGAGUGCGGCGAGCAGGUUGCGCUGAGCUGCAACGUGUCACGGAGGGACGGGCUGUCAGUCAAGCACAUGGAGUGGUCCCAAAACGGCAAGCUUUUGUGUCGACUGAACAGCAAGGGGAAUUUGAGCCACCACCGAAACAUACGAAGCGACUUCAGCUGCAAGUACGACGAAGGCCAGCUGCAGCUCAUCUUUGCAAAAGUGCAGCCGCAGGAUAGCGGCGUCACAAAGCGCUACAUGUGCAAACUGCACUCCAACAUGGGGAUUUCACACGGCUACAGCUGGAUAGAGCUGCAAGAGUGCUGCGGGGCGGUCAAAGUUGUUCUGUCCGAGAACGGCCCGGUAUGCACAUUCAGCGACGUCUACCCGGAUGCGGAUGUGUUCUGGUCUUCCCACAGUGAGCCCCCAACGCCCGAGAAGCAGAAAAUGUUCAAAAGUAUGGAGGAAGGCGGCUGGUUGAGCAUCCGCAGCCAGCUGGAAUGGACUCCGAACGGGGACUUCAACUGUUCCCUGAGGAGCAUCACAUCUGGAAGAGACAUUGCAUGCAAUUUGUCAGAGAAUACCGAUUUCCUAAACGGGCGUGAACGUAGAUCGCAAGGUAGAGUCGGCAAUGGAGCGGGAUCCCUUGAACCUUUUUGGACAGUUGUGCUUGUUUCAACCAUACUACAUACUAGAAAUGAUGGAUUUUCCUAAAUAAUUCCAUUUGUGGGAGCACAUUCGAGCAAAGCUACUUGCUUUGUUACAAUGAGGUACUGGGAUGUUGGCGAUAAAGAGCCAAGGAGCCUUGCUUGCAGUCAAAUGAAUCAACGUUCAUGCUCCAGAGCUUUCUAAUUGUGCUUCUACUUCCUGCCGGAGCCCAGCGAGGAAAUAACGGACUGUGGAGGAGCGAUAACAAGGCAGCAGAUCCUCAGCAUGCCCUGGAAGGACACCUUUAAUUUUCUCCUCAAAGAUAUUAAAGCUGGGCAUAGUUUGUUUCAACAACAAUAAUCAUUCAAGUGACAUGAGGAGUAUAUUCUCUAUCUUCUAACAAGAAGUUGAGAAUAUACAUUAGCUAAUAUUGCAAUGGGUUUUUUGUCACUUGAGUUUGUUGUGUUUGUUUUUUUCCACUAUAUGAGUGAAAUAUCAAAAGACCAGCAACAAAAAUAUGCCAGUAGUUUGUGGAAAUAUGCUGCUCUCUAGUGCACUACUUGGGUACUGCAGCCUUGCAAAAUAUAUGACUUUGGAGCAGGCCUGGGCAAUUAUUUUGACUGGGAGGUCAAAUUUUGAGGAAAACAUUUUUCUGGGGGCCGGUACAUCUAUUUUUAGGGACACAAAUACAAAAUCUCACAAUAAUGUCUGAUUGAAUGCUAAAAACGUCAUGACAGACCACCUUAAAAAACGGAAUGGAAUUUUAAAUUUUUUUACUGAAUGAGACACCCAGAAUGUACAUGAAAAUAAAGAAUGUGGGAUUUACAAUAUUAACUAUGAACGAUAAAACAUUGAAUAUUAACAUAUAAAUGUCACACCCCCUCUCCAUCGACAUAUUUUACAAUCAAGCAAAACGCAACAAAAACAGCAAAAUAUGAACGCGAAGGUUAAAAAAUAAACCCACCUACAAUCUGAUACAUCUGAUACAUCACUAAGCUUUAGAACUUUGCUAUAAAAAUCUCCUUCCACGUCUGUCCCUGACACCCGCAUUUCAGGCUGGCCGCUCUGGAAACACUCUGUGGAAACGCUCCCCACCCACACUGCUUGGUGCCUCAUCUGAGCUGCUGUGACUUAGAUUACCAUAGUAACUAAUUAGAUUACCAUAGUAACUAGUAUAUCAUGCAAAAACGCAGAUUCCAACCAUUGAAAUACAUUGUAUAGUUCAAGACUUACGGUCAUAAUGGCAGCUACAGUUUCCAUCUUAAAGGGGAACAUUAUCACCAGACCUAUGUAAGCGUCAAUAUAUACCUUGAUUUUGCAGAAAAAAGACCAUAUAUUUUUUUAACCGAUUUCCAAACUCUAAAUGGGUGAGUUUUGGCGAAUUAAACGCCUUUCUAAUAUUCCCUCUCGGAGCGAUGACGUCACAACGUGGCGUCACAUCGGGAAGCAAUCCGCCAUUUUCUCAAACACCGAGUCAAAU